ACGGCUGGCAUCCGUCAAGCGAAAGGAAAGCAGCAGCCCGUCUGACAUCUGCUGUCUGAAGGAAAAAAAGAAAAAGUGCAAAAACUAUUCCUGACAAAAUGUAAUUAUUUACCGAAUAGAAAUAAGGCUUUUCCGGAAUCUGCAGCACACAGCAUCGUGAUCGUGUCCCUAGCUCAUAGAGAGUCAAAGUUUUUGCAACAAGUUUCGUUUUUUUUUCGUUUCGUUCGAAAGAGUGUGUAUAAUAUAACUACGACUAAUCGCAGUACAGUAGGGUGGGGGGCAAUUCAGAAGGAAGAAAGGAAGAAACGAAACAAUUUUGGCAAAAGUGCUCUAAGUAGUGCGGAAUCCUUAGUAGGCGUGUUUCGUGUUGCUUAGUGUAACCGUAUGCAUAAAUGUGUGUAAAUAUAUAUAUGUGUGUGUGUAUGCGUGUGUGAAAGUGAGUUUUUUGUGGCUAAAAGCUUAAUAUAAAAAGAAAACAAUAACCCGGAGUCGAAAAAACAAAACGUUCGUACGGAUGGUGAUGGUAGGAGAGCAACGGGAAAAAGGACGUUUGCAGGAAAGUUUAUCGGUUCCGGAUCGGGAAAGGAACGAAUGAGAAGUCGGGCUCGACGUAGGCAUUACAAGGAAAGAUACGCAUCCGCUGUGGGAGGAAUUAAAAGGGAGUACAGUUUGCGACAACAACAACGGUAAGCGAAACGACGGCAGUGCCACCAGCUGGGACGGUUGCUGCUGCUGCACCGUCGGCAGUAGUAGAGGAGCGAUCCAAAGCAAUGACCGAAGCGCAAGCUAAUGAGUACCUCCGCAAUCGACUGUGGCAGAAGGCAAAAGACAUCUACGACAGCAUUGUUGAAGCGUCCGGCACUGAUCAACCAUCGUCCGGCCGUCGGCCCUCGAAGGAGCAAGUAAUCGCGUGCCUGUACGGACGCACCGAAUGCUGCCUAGAGUUGCAGCAGUAUGAGCAGGUUACGCAGGACUGUCACCGCUUGCUGAAGCUGCUUGCCCUUGCCGAGAACGCCGCCACCGCCAACGGGAACGGGUCCGUACCGGCAUCAUCCACCGAAUCUCCUAGCCCAACGCCGUCCGCAUCGUCGGCCGGUUCAGCAUCGUCCGCUUCCACCGACAAGGGUGGCACGAAAUCUACCACCACCAAUGGAACGUCCGCCAUUGUCGCCGGUACCGGUAGUACCGAAUCGAAGGUCCGCAAACGGCUCAUACACUCGCUGUGCAAGCAGCAAAAGUUUGCCGAAGCGGAAGUGAUCCUGCAGGAAUGGGCCGCUGGUCCGGGCGCGAGCAAUCAGGACAUUGGGCGCUAUCUGGACCGUUUGAAGGUGUUACUGCUGCAGAUGGCAACGUCGUCUUCGGGUAGUUCGUCACCGAGUGGUCCUGGCGGUGACGGUGGUGGAGAAACGGUCGCGGAACCGACCACCACCACCAGCUCAAGCUCAUCAACCGUUUCUUCGCUGUCGUCGCUAAACGACGAGUACGAGCAGAUCGAGACGAAGCUGGACAAGCUCAUACUGAAUAAUUUGCCGCCCGAUCGCUACACGAAACAGCUGGGAAGGAUAGAGAGUCAGCUGAAGGUGGGAAACGGAGAUGCGGGGACGGAAGGUGGCGUGGCGUCCGAUCUCGAACAGCAGGGAGAGACUGAGAAGCGCAAGGAGGAGGUGGAUCCGGUGGUGUGUGUUAAGUCGGCGGGCGUUAAACCUGCGCCAGCAACACACAACAACAGCAGUAGCAGCAGUAGUAGCAACAGCAGCAGCAGCAGCAGCAGCAGCAGCAGCAGUAGUAGUAGCAGCAACAGUGAUAGCAAAGCUAGUGAUAGUAACUGUAAUUUAUUCAAUGAAGCAAACAGUGAUAAAGGUGAGAAAAAAGGAUCAACCACUACAACGGAUCGAGCAGCAGCAGCAGCAGUAACGGGUGGCGGAUCGGGCGGAUCUCGUGCUGCCGUGCCUGUUACGGCUGCUUCCGGUGGCAGCAAACUGGGCAACAGCAACCACCAUCCGAUGGAGAAACACGGCAAAGCGGCCGGCGGCGGCAACAAGGGCAUGCCGAUGGACAAGCUGAACAGUAUUACCUGUGUCUACUGCACGCUCUCGUUUGCCGACCGGGCGGAACUGCGUGCACACUGUCAAACCGAGAGCCACCAGAACAUCAUCAUGUCGGACGAGGGGCGCGACUGGAAGUGGCGUCCACCGCCGCGCGGCUUCGUUGCCGAAUCGUACACGGUGUGCGAAAAGUUUCAGGAUAAUCAAAACUGUCACUAUGGCAACCAGUGCGUGGAGGCGCACGGUGUCGACGAGCUGAACGAGUGGAAGGAACGGUUCGAGUAUCGGAAGAAGAAGCUGCAGCGAGCGCGCGACAAGGAACUGUACGGCAAAAGCUACACCGAGCAGCUGCUGGAACGGUGGGUGCAGGCACCCAGCCCGGAGAAGGUGAUGCGGGAGCGGGUCGAAGGGGUGGAGGACAGCUGUUCACACGAUCUCGUCACGACCAUCUCGUCGAAGGUGAGCAAACGCGAGUGGUCGUUCGUGCUGAAGUCGAAACGCUACCUGAAGGCGGUUGCCCUGCUUCAGGACGCACACCGGAACCACUUUGUGCUGAAGCAGGUGUGCCCGGGUGAACCGCGAACUGCCGGCAGCAGCAAUAGUGGGGUCGGCGCCGGUAAAAAGGGGCUAAUGAACGUCGGAAAGAGUGGCCCUUCGACUGAGGUGGAGCUAAAUUCGGAGCAGGAAUGGAUUGCGCCGGCGGCUAGCUCGGACAAGGGUGAAACAGCCGCCACCGUGCUGGAGCACCGUGUGAAGGUGGGCUUCAGUACGGAAAUUUACGGAACCUUCCGGCAGACGGUGGUGUUCGACUUUGGCCGGGAGCCGGUGCUGGUAAAGCACAUCUGCGUCGACGUGGUACCGGUAACGGAGGUCGACAAGAUACAGGAGAUUAAGAAGGACAUCGUAAUGUCGACGGCGGAACGGUGGGAUGAGACAAAUUCGGAGAUAUUCGAGUUUACGACCGCGCCGAUUCCGCACAUGCACACCCCAGCCUAUGCGGCUGACGCGGAGCGGGAAAAGGAGCUACUGGUGCGCUAUCCGCUCCCCAAAGCGUCCACGUUUGUGCUGACGCAGUCGACCAUUACGGAGAAGAAGCUGACGCGUAACAACUACCGGAACCGGAUCCACGAGCUGCUGUACGUGGAGGAGAUCGCCCGGUACGAGCAGAUCGCGCGCUACAACCUCACCACGCGUCUGUCGAUCGUCACGAACUAUCUGCUAACGCCGAGCGGUAUGGCGACCAGCACCGCCAAGUACUCGCACUCGGGCGAGCUGUUCGCGUUGAUGAAGCUGGGCAAGGACGUGUCGGAGGAUACGUCCGCCGGGCGGCUCAUUCUAAACAACUGCCAGGCGGUGUACAUUGCGGCGGCACGCGAAACGAUACCGGCCGGGGAAAAGCGCAAGGUGUACGAAGCGGUCAUCGAGGAUAAGGGCAAGAACAUGAUCUACCUGAAGCUGUCGGCGAAAGCGGUCACCGGGCUGGGACUGAAGCCGGACACCGAGUUUCUGUCCGACAUACAGUUCCAGCCGAACCGGUUGACGUACUGCGAGUGGCAUCAGGCGAUCGACAAGAUUGCCGACUUUCGUAUCAUCUUUCCGGAGAUUUUUCUCGAACCGAGCAUCCCCUGGACGCCGCAACGUCAGUGGGACGCGUCGCUCGAUCCGAAGCUAAACUCGAAGCAGAAGGAAGCGGUGGUGGCGAUCACGACACCGGUCAACGUGCCGCUGCCACCGAUACUGUUGAUUGGGCCGUUCGGUACGGGUAAGACGUACACGCUGGCACAGGCGAUCAAGCAGCUGCUGUUGCAGGAAGGGACGAAAAUACUGAUCUGUACGCACUCGAAUUCGGCCGCGGAUCUGUACAUCAAGGACUAUCUGCAUCUGUGGGUGGAGGAGGGCAUGACGGAGGCACGGCCGCUGCGCGUCUACUACCACAAGCGUUGGGUCGCGACGGUUAACAGUAUCGUACAGAAGUACUGUCUGGUGGAUUUGAACAUCAACAUGCGCAACUUUCGCCGCCCGACGGUAAAGGACAUCCUGAAGCACCGUAUCGUCGUGGUGACGCUGAACAUCUCGAUGGAGCUCGCCUCGCUAGACCUGCCGAAAGGCCACUUCACACACAUCUUUCUCGACGAAGCCGCCCAAGCGAUGGAAUGCGAAGCGAUCAUGCCCCUGGCGCUGGCGGGCGAACGUACCCGCAUCGUACUGGCCGGUGAUCACAUGCAAAUGUCACCCGAGCUUUUCUCGAACUUUGCCAAGGAGCGUAAGCUGCACGUAUCGCUGCUGGAACGUCUGUACGACCACUACCCGAACGAUUUCCCGUGCAAGAUCCUGCUGUGCGAAAACUACCGUGCGCACGAUGCCAUCAUCCGCUUCACGUCGGAACUGUUCUACGAGCAGAAGCUGAUUGCGUCCGGCAAGCAGCCGCGGCACGAAAAGUUCUACCCGCUAACGUUCUUUACGACGCGCGGCGAGGACGUGCAGGACAAAAAUUCGACCGCAUUCUACAACAACUCGGAGGUGUACGAGGUGGUGGAGCGCGUGUGCGAGCUGCGCAAGAAGUGGCCCAGCGCGUGGGGCAAGAUUAACGAUCAGAGCAUCGGCAUUAUGACGCCGUACGCGGAUCAGGUGUUCCGCAUCCGGUCCGAGCUGCGCAAGCGGCGCAUGGGCGGUAUCAGUGUGGAGCGUGUGGCGAACGUGCAGGGCAAACAGUUCCGGGCGAUCUUUCUCUCGACGGUGCGCACCCGGCGCACGUGUAAUACGAACGCGAACGAGGGUUCGAGCACGUCGGAGGAGGUAGAUUAUGGGUUCCUCAGCAACUCCAAGCUGCUCAACACGGCCAUCACGCGGGCGCAGAGUUUGGUGGCGGUGGUCGGCGAUCCGGUUGCGCUCUGCUCGAUCGGCCGGUGCCGUAAGGUUUGGGAGCGGUUCAUUGAGAUUUGCUAUCAAAAUAAAAGUCUGUUCGGCAUUACCUGGUCGCUGUUGCGUUCGCAGCUCGACGGGGUUGAGCUGAAGAAGACGUACGUGCUGAAUCCACUCGCACCGGAGUUUAUUCCGAGAGCGUUGCAGGGGGAAGCGUAUCUGCGCGAUCAGGCCGCGAGCAUCGGUGGGCUGGCGUUGUCUGCGGCGGGCCAGUUUCACCCGCACGGAGCAGCGGCCGGUCACCAUGGUGGAGCGAUGGGAGUUUCGCACCCAGGUCAUCACGCGCCAACGCAUCAGCAGCAGCAACCCCUGUCGCAGCAGCAGCAGCAGCAGCAGCAACAACAACAGCAGCAGCAGCAGCACCCACAGCAACCGCACCAGCCACAAGGUCCGUCGGUGCAUGCGGCUCACCAUUUGCAUCAUCUGCAGGCGCAUCAUCACGCCGCAGCACCGCCCCAGCCGGGUGCAGGAUCGGCGUUUCAUCAUGGUAAUGUAGCGGGAGCGGCCGGCAACUUUCCUCUCGGCGCAGUUGCCGGUGGGACAGCUGGUGCAGGGAUUGCCGGUCUACCGAGUGCGGCUGCAGCAGCCGCGCUGAUGCGCAAUCAGCUUGCGAUUACACCUUUUAUAGGCCCGACGUCUGCCGUUCAAGGCCCGGUAGCGCAAUCAUCGAUGCUGCAGCAACACAUCCAAUCGCAACAACCCUCACAACAGCCGCCCCAGCAGCAACCCCAACAGCAACAGUUCCCCUACCAGAAUCAGCUCUACUUCUAUCAGCAGCAGCAGCAGCAGCAGCAGCAGCAGCAACAAUCAUCCCAACAGCAAACACUGCGCGCCGGAGGUCCAUCCCUAGUUCCACCACAUCCUGCGGCCCUUGGAGGACCACCGAUACCACCGAACAUGGCUCCACCGCCGAACCAGAACGCUCCUAAUCUGUGGGGCACGGGAGCGGGUAGCACCUUCCCGAUGGUUUCGUCCCCCGGUGGCCGUAAUACGCCGCCCGGUUGGCGGCUGGCCCAAAAGAACGUUCCACCCUCGAUAAGGCCCCAGCUGGCGGCCGCUGUAGCAGCAGCAGCAGCAGCCGCAGCAGCUGCCGGUCAACCCGUAACGCAUCCGCUCGGGAUGGGACUGCCCGGAGGGCCGAGCCGUCCCGGUCCACCGCCCCUCAUCGCACCACCGAUGCGCAGCCCGACGGCACCGCCUAUUCCACCACUCGGGCCGCUGUCCUACUUUCAGCAACAGCAAGCUAACAAAGGUUCUGCCGGUGGCGCCGCAAACGCCGCAAGUCUCAUGCAAACGCAAGCACAGCAACAAGCUCAGCAGCAGGCUGGUGGCGCGUUCGGGCUGUACCAUCAAGCGCCACAUCUUGGCGCCGGUCCAUUACAGCAAGGGCCGCUCGUUGCACAACCGAACCAUCACAUCCGCCCAAUGCUGGCGGGUGGUCCGAUAAGCCCGGGCAGUUUCCAGCAGCAGCAGCAGCAGCAGCAGGCUCAGGUGGUAUCGAAUUCCCAAUCGCAGGGACACUUUGCGCAGACCGGCGCAGACCUGUACAUGUCGAGCAUCCAGAGCGAUCUGAUGGCCAUGUCGAACCGGAUGCCGCACAUGUCGGUAGCGGCGGCCGCCGCAGCAGCAGCUGCAGCAGUUGCUGCCGGCCAAAAGCUCGGCACCGGAGCUCCCGGGGGAGGGGGUGGCGGGGUAGCAUCGGCGAUGGGACAUCGCACUGCCGGCGGUACCGAGCAGUACGCAAUGGACAAGGCGUCCGAUUUUCAUUUUCUCCAAAACGUUCAUUUUCCCGAGCUGCGGAAUUCGUCCGCAAAUCAUCAACAGCAGCAACAGCAGCUAACCGUUGGGCCACAUCUGCCGGCAGUUUCUACAGCGGCGCAUUUACUGCAGCAACAACAUCAGCAGCAGCAGCAACAGCAGCAGCAGCAGCAGCAGCAGCAGCAACAUCACGUCCCGGCCGAUUUCAACCAUCUGCUUCCGGCCGGCAUGAGCUUCAUCGAGAUGGCACUGCAGACGAAAGAGUUCCAGUACUACUGGUUCACGAAGCUGAUGGAAACGAAGGGUCCGGAAGCGGCCCACAAGUUUACGGACAUACUGCGCCAGGUGCCGACGGCAGUCGCCAACUCGAUGAAACCGGCCACCGGCGGUAUGCCGCCGUCGAACAAUCAUCAGCCACCGCAGCCGGGCACGAAGCAGCUACCCGUCAGUGGGCCACUUGCCUCGCAGGCCGAUCUGUUUCUCGAUAACAUACUGAACCCGAUGCGUGAUCCGCUGCACGUCGGCAAUCUCGUGCAGGGAAGUGUGCUGGUAAAUGGGGUAGCCGGUGGGGCGGGCUCGUCCAACAACGCUGGCAGUAGCAGCAGCAGCAGCAGCAACAACAACAACAACAACAACCAUCCGGGCACGAGCGGUAAAGGUGGAGGUAUCCUCGAAUCGGUUGACCUGUUCGCUAGCUUGUCCUCUUCGCUGGCGCCCGAAAUUCCGUCCCUUGCCGGGCAGACGCAGCAGAACCAGCCAGCGCAACAGUCGGUACCGCUUUAUCGGCGCCAGGCGGGACAAAAUUAUCAAAGCGGAGGUAGUAGCGCUGGAGGAGGAGGAGGAGGAGGAGGAGGAGGAGGCGCGGGCAGUACCAGCAGUGGUGGCGGAGGUGUCGGUACCGCUUCCACUUCAUCGAACGCGCAAUCGAUCGAAUCGUCCACGCCGGAUCUGCUCGAUACCGUGCAACUGCAUCAGCAACAUCAGCAGCAACAUUUCGGCAUGCAGCAAACGCUGCUCGAUCUGCUGGAACCGAAAAUGAAUUCACAACCGAAUUAUCUUUUCGGAGCAGCAAACGGGGGCAACCAGUUUGUCGGCAGCUCGUUGCUGGAUCACCACCAGCAGCAACAACAGAAUGGAGGAUUCCCCGGGAAUGGUGGGUACAGCUCGAUACAAAACAUUGCCGCCGGUUUGCUGCAGCAGCAGCAGCAGCAGAUGCAACAUCAGCAGCAAGGACUGGGUGGGCGCGACUUUAUGCCACACCUAACGUCGCAUGCUGGGCCGCAAGUGGUGCAGGCCGGGAUGGUACAGUCUCAGCCGCAUCUGCACGACGAACAUCUGCUAUCGCAGCGUGCUGGCGGAGGUGUUGCCGGAUCAGCCGUCGGUCCGGCCGGGAUGCCACCAUCGUCCUCGGCUGCUCAUGCAACGUACGCAAGCGUACUGAGCCAGGGCCAACAGCAGCAGCAGCAGCAGCAACAGCAGCAGCAUCAUCACCAUCAGCACCAUCACGGCAGUAAUGCUAAUCAGCACCCGGUACAGCAGCACCAUCAUUAUGCCGCUCAGCAACAGCACGCUGCCGCAAUGGAUGGCCUGAAGCAACUCGGAAAGAUCGACCUUUCCGAUGGUGUCGGCGGUGGGCUGGUGGAUGGUGCCGCGAACAACAAUGGCAACAGCAACAACAACCCAGUCACCAACGACCCUUUCGCACCGCUGCGCAAUCUCGGUGGCAAGAGCAACGGGCUGUAUAAUUAUUUUCUUUAAAACGUUUUAACUAUGAGGGAUUGUGCUGCGGGGAGAGGGGGAGAUUGCAAGGAGUGUGGUUUAGUUGGGCUGAAGACCGCAUUGGACGGCAUUGUGUGAAUUAUUAUUUCUUAUAGAAAAAAACAAACAAACAAGCAACCCCCUUCAACGGGAAGCAUUCAUAUAUGGCGAAGGUAAAGAGAAAGAGAGGGAGAUAGAAAAGAGAAAACAGAGAAAAAAAACAAACAAACAAACAAUUGCUUGCAAAAGAUAAAAUUGAAAGCGAAUAAACAAACAAACAGAAAAAAAAAAUUGAAAAAAAAACACAUUAGUAAACAAAAACGAAUAAAUGAUAAACAUACUAGUAAUAACUACACGCUACAGAACAGUAAGCAGAAGAGGAGGAGGAGGAGGAGAAGGGGAGAAGAAGAAAAAACGAAAACAAAAAAACAAUUUAAAAAAAAACGGAAAAACUUCUACAAAAAAUACUAAAAAGUUAUGUCUACUUAUGGUUUACAUAUAUACAUAUAAAUGUUACAAAACAACAGCAACCAACCGACGGCAAAAGUAACGCAAGAUGUGUAAAGGGCACGAAACAAGGGCAGUUAAUGAAUGGGAAGCAGAAAAAAAAAAGAUUAACAGACUACACACAGGCAAACAAAAAACCCCCCUUUUUGUUUAGGCAUAUGCGCACCGUAACUAGUGAAGGGCACUGGCAUGGAGAGGAGAAUCGUAGGUCGUUGGUUUUGGGGGGGGUGGAGCGGUAGAAAUGGUUUAGGUGAGACCCUUCUCCCCAUUCCAACAAAAGGUGAUUAGAGAUGAUAAGAUUCGUGUGUAAAACAUAAUACUUUCAUGAAGAAGAAAACAAAACACACACACAAAUAAGAGAAAACAUAACCUUAAAAAUAAUACACACAGCACACACGAAAAGUGCAUAGAAAGUGGUGAAAACAGUGAAGCAAAAAUAACACACACACACACACACCCAUACUACAUCGACUUUAUUAGUGCGUAAACGUUAAGGAAUCGUCAUGCUACUGAUAUCAUUAUUGUACUCUAUUAUUAUUAAUAUUGUUUACUUUACCUUCCCGCUAAACUACUUGAACAUACUUGAAUUGGUUUAUUAUUCUUUUCAUUUACAAUUCUUCGUUUUUUCUUUUAUUAAACUUAUACUCAUUUUCGUUUCUGGCGCUUACUUUUACUCGCUUUCUAAUUUAACGUACGGCUCUAACUUGCUACUAUUAACAUUAAUAUACAUCUUCUUUUUUUUUGCCUAGCGUAUAUACAUAUACAUAUAAAUAGAUAUAUGCGUAUACUAUCUACGAAUAAAAUAUCAAAACAAACAAAAACACAAACAACAACAAAAAACAUGCAACUUUGCAAACACAAGAAACAACGGAAAUAAAUUAUGCUCCAGUAAGA